AUGACAACCUCACCGACAGCCGGCAGUGCUGGAGUUAAGGUCAUUUUUGGAGCUAUGACCCUUGGAAAGCCAGGCGUGGAAAUGACCCGGAUUCACACCAUUGACGAAACGAAGGCCGUCCUCGACAUGUUUCAAAAGUAUGGUCAUGACACAGUUGAUACUGCCCGAGUCUACGGUGGAGGUUCAUCGGAGGAGUACCUUGGAGCUUUGGACUGCCCAAGCCGUGGGAUCAAAAUUGAUACCAAACUCUACCCAACCGCCAUUCGACCAGCUCUGUCGCCAGAUGAGCUUUACCACCACUCUUCCGAGGGCCUCCGUAAAGGUCUGCUUCGAAGUCUGAAGGCACUGGGGGUCGAUAAGGUCACAACCUGGUAUCUUCAUGGACCGGAUCGAACCGUGCCAUUUGCGGAGACUCUUCGUGCAGUCAACGAACUAUACGAGGAGGGACUUUUUGAGAAGUAUGGUAUUAGCAAUUACCAGGCGUGGGAAGUCGCACAGAUCUGUGAACUCUGUGAGAAGAAUGGAUGGGUCAAACCCUCCGUCUACCAGGGUCUCUACAAUUCUUUCCACCGCGCGGUCGAAGCUGAGCUGUUCCCAUGUCUGCGCUACUACGGUCUAUCUUUUUAUUGCUUCAAUCCCCUAGCUGGAGGUUUUUUGACUAGUCGUUAUACCCGCGACAUGACUGAGUUCGAGGAAGGCUCUCGGUUUGACCCGAAGCGCGACCAGGGUAAACUGUCUCGCAACCGUUACUUCGACGACUGCUACUUUGAUGCGUUGGAGACUCUGCGGCCAGUUGCCAAGAAAAAUGGGCUUUCCGAGGCUGAGUGUGCACUUCGUUGGUUGUCUCAUCACUCUCAGCUGAAGGCAGAAAAGGGUGAUGGCAUCAUUAUUGGCGCUAGCAGCCUGAAGCACUCGGAGGAGAACUUGGUGGCUCUUUCUCAUGGACCCUUGCCUGGGGAUGUGGUCGAGGCUAUGAACCAGGGAUGGGAAAUAGUCCGGGGUAAAGAGCUCAAGUUCUGGCACUGA